UUCCCCCACGGAGUGGUUUGUAUUUCCGGUUACACAUUGCCCUUGGUUUCAGGAGGUGAGAUGGAAAGUUAACUGGCUGGAUUGUCCCAACUUUGGAAGAGCUUGUUAUCUGUAAACAUGGGGCUUCUGCCUGAUGAAGCGAAAAUUCUGCCUCCACCAGAAAUUGUUAACAGAAAUUCAGUGUGGCUCGGGCUCUGCGGCUGGGCGACGGCGAUGCUGCACAAUAGCUUAAACCGCAGGCCUGCAUUCAAAGCAGGUGUUCACCGCCAAGCACUGUUUGCGACCAUUGGAUGGUUCAUUGGCUACCAUCUAACAAAAUAUGAGAAUUACACUUAUGCCGUGCUGGACAGGGACAUGAAUGAGUACAUCCGGCUGCACCCUGAGGAGUUGCAGGAGAAAGAAAGGAAGACAUUUGCUGAAAUAGUGGAGCCGUUUCAUCCGAUCCGUUGAAUGGAUGUAGUCGUCACAAGAAAAAUGAAGACUGUUAUAAAUACUAUUAUAUUGAUUUUUUGAGUUUUGUCCUUCAUGUUUCAUUAAACUAUUUAAAAGAAAUCA